GAUAUGAAGACCGGGCCGGGAGGGACAUAGGAGACAGUCUGGGAGGACCAGACAGGCGCUCGGGCCGACCGGCCAGGGAGGGCAGGUCCUGCGGGGGCGGAGCCCGCCGGGUCCCGGCUCGCCGCGCCCCUCCGGCCGGCGGCCUGCUCCCACGGCGGCCCGAGGAGGAGGGCCAUGGCCAGCCCUGCGGAGGCUCUUGCUCCCCGCCCCCAAGCUCCGUUGCCAGAGGCUGGGGACGAGCCGAGCCCCGGCCCCGGCAAACUCCGCCCGGAACCCCGGCGUAGUGCGGCCAGCGGGGGGAGCGCGGCGGGCCCAGGCCUGGCCCCGGAGCGGCCUGGCCGCGGCCGGGCCGAACGCGCCGCGCCCCCGCGCCCGCCCCCCGCCUCGGCAGGCCGCGCCAGCCCCGCGGGGGUCUCCGGCGCCCUCUCCGCGCUCGGUGCUGGUGGCUGCGGCUGGGUCGCUGCUCGCGCUCCCUUCGCGCUCGCCUUCUCUUCCCCGGUCCCCUCCUCCUCCCCAUCUUCCUUUUACUUCUGGCCGCCGCCCCCCCUGCCCCCUCCCCCUUUUCUCUCCUCCUCGUCUGCCUUUCACCUCCCCGUGCGUCUCCCAGGGAGGGAGGGCGCAGCGGCGGCGGCGGCUGGAGGAGGCGGCGGCGAUGCUGGCGGAGGAGGAGGAGGAGGACAAGAGGCAGCUCCCUUGAGCGUCCCCCCCAGCAGUAGUCACCGCGGCGGCGGUGGCAGCGGCGGCGGGCGGCGGCGGCUCUUCCUCUCGCCUGCGCUCCAGGGCUUGCUGCUCCCAGCCCGCGCCGGGCCCCGGCCGCCGCCGCCGCCCCGGCUUCCCCUCGGCCCGGUCGCGCGCCGCGCGGGCUCCCCUGGCUUCGCGGACGCCGGCGGGGGCUGCCCCGGCCCCUCGGGCGGCGGCCGAACUCCGCGGCGGCCGGGAGGCGCCAGCUUCGCUCUCGCCGCCGCGUCGCCGCUUCUCUGCGGUUCCGACAUGGAAGAUGGACCUUCUAAUAACGCGAGCUGCUUCCGAAGGCUGACCGAGUGUUUCCUGAGCCCUAGUUUGACAGAUGAAAAAGUGAAGGCGUAUCUUUCUCUUCACCCCCAGGUAUUAGAUGAGUUUGUGUCUGAAAGUGUCAGUGCAGAGACUGUAGAAAAAUGGCUGAAGAGGAAAAAUAACAAAAUAGAAGAUGAAUCAGCUCCUAAGGAAGUCAGCAGGUAUCAAGAUACAAAUAUGCAGGGAGUCGUGUAUGAGCUAAACAGCUAUAUUGAGCAGCGGUUGGACACAGGAGGAGACAACCAGCUUCUCCUCUAUGAAUUGAGUAGCAUAAUCAAAAUAGCCACAAAAGCUGAUGGAUUUGCACUGUAUUUCCUUGGAGAGUGCAAUAAUAGUCUCUGCGUGUUCACGCCACCCGGCAUAAAGGAAGGAAAGCCUCGACUCAUCCCCGCCGGGCCCAUCACCCAGGGCACCACCAUCUCUGCUUACGUGGCCAAGUCCAGGAAAACACUGCUGGUGGAGGACAUCCUUGGGGAUGAACGAUUUCCAAGAGGCACUGGACUGGAAUCAGGGACUCGCAUCCAGUCUGUUCUCUGCUUACCAAUUGUCACUGCGAUUGGUGAUUUGAUUGGUAUUCUCGAGCUGUAUCGGCAUUGGGGCAAGGAAGCCUUCUGCCUCAGUCAUCAGGAGGUUGCAACAGCAAAUCUUGCCUGGGCUUCAGUAGCAAUACAUCAGGUGCAGGUAUGCAGAGGUCUUGCAAAACAGACUGAAUUGAAUGACUUUCUCCUUGAUGUAUCAAAAACAUAUUUUGAUAAUAUAGUCGCAAUAGAUUCUCUACUUGAACACAUAAUGAUAUAUGCAAAAAACCUGGUGAAUGCCGACCGUUGUGCACUCUUCCAGGUAGACCAUAAGAACAAGGAAUUGUAUUCAGACCUUUUUGAUAUCGGAGAGGAGAAGGAAGGAAAGCCUGUCUUCAAGAAGACCAAAGAGAUAAGAUUUUCAAUUGAGAAAGGAAUCGCUGGUCAAGUAGCAAGAACAGGGGAAGUCCUGAACAUUCCAGAUGCCUAUGCCGACCCACGCUUCAACAGAGAGGUGGACUUGUACACAGGCUACACCACCCGGAACAUCCUGUGCAUGCCCAUCGUGAGCCGGGGCAGUGUGAUAGGGGUGGUGCAGAUGGUGAACAAGAUCAGCGGCAGUGCCUUCUCCAAGACUGACGAGAACAACUUCAAGAUGUUCGCUGUCUUCUGUGCUUUGGCCUUACACUGUGCUAAUAUGUACCAUCGGAUCCGGCACUCGGAGUGCAUCUACCGCGUGACCAUGGAAAAGCUGUCCUACCACAGCAUCUGCACGGCUGAGGAAUGGCAAGGCCUCAUGCGCUUCAACCUCCCCAUGCGGCUCUGUAAAGAAAUCGAGCUAUUCCACUUUGACAUUGGUCCUUUUGAAAGCAUGUGGCCUGGGAUCUUUGUCUACAUGGUUCAUCGAUCCUGUGGCACGUCCUGCUUUGAACUUGACAAGUUGUGUCGUUUCAUUAUGUCUGUGAAGAAGAACUACCGACGGGUUCCUUACCACAACUGGAAGCAUGCGGUCACGGUGGCACACUGCAUGUAUGCCAUACUGCAGAACAAUUACGGGCUCUUCACAGACCUGGAGCGUAAAGGACUGCUGAUCGCCUGUCUGUGCCACGACCUGGACCACAGGGGCUUCAGCAACAGCUACCUGCAGAAGUUCGACCACCCGCUGGCGGCUCUCUACUCCACCUCCACCAUGGAGCAGCACCACUUCUCCCAGACCGUGUCCAUCCUGCAGUUGGAAGGGCACAACAUCUUCUCCACCCUGAGCUCCAGUGAGUACGAGCAGGUGCUGGAGAUCAUCCGCAAAGCCAUCAUCGCCACUGACCUUGCCCUUUACUUUGGGAACAGGAAACAGCUGGAAGAGAUGUACCAGACUGGAUCUCUAAAUCUUCAUAAUCAGUCGCAUAGAGACCGUGUAAUUGGUUUGAUGAUGACUGCCUGUGAUCUUUGCUCUGUGACAAAACUGUGGCCAGUUACAAAAUUGACAGCAAAUGAUAUAUAUGCAGAAUUCUGGGCUGAGGGUGAUGAAAUGAAGAAAUUGGGAAUACAGCCUAUCCCUAUGAUGGACAGAGACAAGAAGGAUGAAGUCCCACAAGGUCAGCUUGGGUUCUACAAUGCCGUAGCCAUUCCCUGCUAUACCACGUUGACCCAGAUCCUCCCCCCGACGGAGCCUCUGCUGAAAGCGUGCAGGGACAACCUCAGUCAGUGGGAGAAGGUGAUCCGAGGGGAGGAGAGUGCCCAGUGGAUCUCAGCCUCGCCAGCAGCCCCAGAGACCUCUGAGAAGCUGCCCGGGAAGACUAAUGGCUGACAGCAGGGGCCAGUCAUCCCACCCAGCAAGUCUCAUCUUGCUUCUUUGACUUAUUUCCUUUUAUUUUUGAGGGGGGAAAACCUACACCUGGACGCUGGGAUGCAGACCUGUUGAGAAGCUGACGUCAGUUGUGUGUGCGAGCAGACGUCCUGACGGUGCCGGCACACCCGCAGCCAGCGCGCAGCAGCAGGCCCGGGCUCGGGAGUCAGCUGGCCAGGACCCCAGCUGCCCUGCUGCCCUUUCCUAGCAGGCUGAUUAGCCCAGGCCUUACGGAAACAGAACCAGACUGCCAGGGGUGCCUCCACGCGCCUUCCCUGGGGUUUGACGCCUACUUUGUGGUGUUCUGCCUGGCUCUUGCACCAUUGUUGCUUUGACGUCCUUGGUUAUAAAUAGGUUUUUACACUUUACUGUUGUGAAUGUUGGUGUGUGACCCCCGUGGAGGUGACCUGAGUUGUAGCCCGGCGCCUCAGGACCAGAGGCAUGGAAAUUACAGAGUAAGAAGUGAUGGAAAAGCCAGACGCCUCUCGGUUGUAGUCGAGGGCCUAAUUGAACCAGUUGACACUAAGGGAGGUGGACGUCUGACCUUUGGAGGAGAGAUGUAGGUGUGCAUUCCAGUAAAUCUCAGAACUUCAAGUCUUAGUUCAAACAAUGUCAGAGAGUUAAAAAAGAAAUCCUCAUUGUAUUCUUGGCAAAUUUAUUGAACCUUCAUAUAAAGAACAAAAUAAAAGCAAGGCAUACAAAACUUCGAACGAACAAGUCUUGUGAAUGUAAAAUGUGAAUGAUUUAAUAAUGAUUCCUUGAAAUUGUCACUUUGUCCUGGCAAAAGUUUAGACUCAUAUUCAAAAUGAAAGGUUUACUCUGAAAGUUACUUCAUUAAAUGACCAUGCAUUUCCCUUAAAAUCAAAUGGCACCAUGACGUUUUGACAUUCCAUAGCUUCACUCUGGUCUGCUGGCAUCCCUCUUGUUCUCUCUCUGCACUGUGCAGUCAUCUCUCAGAGGCAUGCUGUGAGGGAACAGUCACAGGGAGGCCACAGUGCCCUUGCACUGUCCAUGUUUGUUUCUGUCCUCUCCUCCUGGAUUAAACAUCCACAUCAAAGCCUGUGUGUUGGAUGGUUUCUUCUGUAUGAUUUUUUAGUAGACUCACAUCACUGAACAGUGUUAGUGUUUAGAAGACCAACAGAAUUCUCUGGACCCCUUCUGCAGCCAUUAGAGAGCAGACAGACCAGUUCAUGCUAAUGCUUUCAAGAUUCUUAGCAUGAUGGCACAGUGGCAUCUGAACCCCAGGGAAUCAGGGAACAAGAAGUGACAGCCAGUGCAUAGCAAAUAGUCAUUCUCUGUUCUCAUGGCAGAAACAUGGAAUAUUGCUUUAGAAAAUAGAUUUUUAAAAAGAGGCUUCUAAAUAUUCAAUACCUUCCACAUCAUUCAUAUGAGCUUGAUUUCUGCAAAAUCAAAGCCUUUUCCGCCACAUGGCUGGUCUGUUACAGUGGAGCUGACUGCACGUAAACAGUGGUGGUGUUCACAUUGACACUGUGUGUCCCUCACAGCCUCUGAGGCUGCCGCCGUCACUCCAUGCAGCUCCGUUUGCUCUUGUGUCAUACACAACGACUAGAGAGGAACACCACUGAGCAAGAUCUCCACACUUCAUGCACGUGUGGAGCACGUCACACAUACAGCACGUGAGGGAGAAGGAGAGCGAGGGAGAAAGGGCAAACGUAUGAAAAUAAGUCGUCCCCACUCUUUAAAAAGUGACUUUUGUGUUGGGAAAUGUCUGUUGCUUGAUAAGUUGACCAAAGUGUGAUUAUUCAGUGAGGAUAAACUUCUAAAAAGUUGAUGGUUUCCUCCUAAAUUUAUGACAUGAUUCCAUAUAACUUUCCUUCCAUAAAUUAAUCAUCUGAUUUAAUCUGUAAGAUGAAUUGUAGGAGGGGGUAUCAUUUAAGAUCAUUGUUUAAUUAAAAGGAUUUUAAAGGCACGCUGAAUCCUGUUUCUUGAUCGGAAAACAGCCACUGGGCAGGACUCGCAUGGCAGCUUUUACAUUUUAAGGUAGCCUUUCUGAUAAGAUGAUCACAGGAAGUUCUUUUAAUUUGAUAUGGCCAAGUGUAUUGUAUGACCUCUACUCUGAACAGUUUUCCAAAGGAGUAUGGUGGGUGGUCCAUCCAUUUCUUGUGAAAUCUUGUCAUAAUAGGGGCACAGCUUGAACAAAGGACUGUAUGCCAACUUCAAGUGUUUCCGUCACUCUCGCCGUGUGUGAGGUUGAUUUAGGAAGCACAGAUAGACCUAGAAAGGUCCCAGGAUGCACUGAUAUUCAGUUAAUAAUUCAUCUUGGAAAACAUACGGUCAGGAGCAUCUUUGCAUUUUGGCAAAUAUGUUUAGCAGACAAACUUUAGAAUUCUGUUUCUCAUCUUUUUCCCAGAUCUUUUCUUAAAAGGCAGGUGGUUUUAAUGCCAGAUUAAGGUGGGAUUUUAGAUGGGCUGAAUUUUCCCUGUCUGAUAUAAAUUCGGUAAGCAGCCACGACUAAUGUAGAAUGGCCAGUUUGUAGAAAUUUAUAUUGUUUAUGUUGAUUAGUAGUAGACAAGUUUAUGGUUACUUGCAAUUAUUCCAUUAUCUUUCCAGACUUAGUGAACAUUUUUUUUUAACCAGAAAUCCUGUUGGAAAUAUAAAUGUAUGCCAGCAACAUCAUGAAUUGUUGAACUCUGGCAGUGGAAUAAAAUUCUAUAAAAAUGCAAGCAUCUUAUUAAUUAGUAGUUGACUUUGUGAAUUAAUUAAUUAGGAAAACUAAAAGAAAAAGCAUUGGAUGUAACUGGCUAACAAACAUGGCCCUUUCUCCAAGCCAGGGGCCCCUUUAUCUCACCCCCCAGCUUUUGUUACUGCUAAGACGAGACUGAGAGACCAACCUGGGGAAAGAGCCUGCUGAGAUUCCAGCCAGCAGGUCCUAUCCUGGCUCCUCCUCAUGGUGACCCUUACAGUGACAUUCUAGGGAACUCAAAGCCAAGGAAGGAGAGUUGAUCUGAAACUAAAUUUGUUCAGCGUAGGUUUCCCUUUUUUAGCAUGCUUUAAAAGCAUUUUUGUUUUUAAAUUUGUACAAUCUUAGUGAAUUUUGCAUUAUUGGUAUAUUCAUAUAUACCAAAUAUAUUUACACAGGACGUGCAGAGAUGCACAGAUCCUUGGAUACCUGAGUUUUCAGUUUGCCAUGCUGUGUUUCUGGUCUUUUAAUUCACAGUCAAGGUUUGAGCUUUAACAGUACUAAAUUAUUUACCACGCCUUGGCCUGUGCCCUGACUUUAACACUGCAGUUGUCCUUCCUCUCUCCUGGUCAUUAAUUUGCUUUUUUCUUUUUCUUUUUGCUUAAGUAAAACUGAAAACACUUAAUGGGCCACACCCUGGUUGAUUUGAUGAAGUUGAGUGAACAGGACCAUUCUCUCCUCAUCAGAUUCCUGUCCUUUCUUUGGCUUGCUUGACAUACACCCUGUCACUGCAACCAGUUAACAGCUCAGAUUGCCUUUACUGAAAGAGCUUCCAGGGACUGUGCUUGGGAUGUGGUUUUGUUGGUUUGCAGGUGCAUAAGCAUGAUUUAGAUUUUGAAAUCCCUUCUCUAUAUAGCUCCGACGUAUCUGCUUUCUACACUUUGCUGGUUUUAUCUAGGUUGUAAUUCUCAAGGACUCUUCAUUUAGUCACCUUAGUGGAUCCCUUCUACUGCAAGUGUUCAUUUAUCACUCACUGCACAACUUGAGUUGGCUGCGUGUGCUACCAGUCAGUUCCCCACACUUAGCAGCGCAUGGCUGUUAGUUUCACGUGUGUGUAAGUAUUAACCUGAUACACAUUCGCUCACUUUUUUACACAUUUAUACUAAAAGUUUAAAAUUAGUGGUACCCGGUGCAGUACAUAUGGUUUUUGUUGUCUUUAAAAAAACAAAACAAAACAAAACAAACAAACAAACAAACAAAAACUGCAUAGUUUGGUUGCCUGAAGCAAUGGAUACAUUUUAUGUGAUAAAAAAAAAAAAAAGAAAAAAAAAGGUUCAAUGGUGUUCUUGUUACAGAUUAAAAAGAUGGAACAACAAGAAAGACAUAUUAAUAUUACUCAAGAAAAAAACAUUUAAAAUCCAAAGAAGCACCACGGUAGUCACCUAAUUUUUCUCUUAAGCUGGCAGCAGACACAGUGCUUUUUGAGUUGUGCAGUCUGCCUGCUCUUUCCUGCCUGUGUGAGAUACUGUAACAAACCUGGCUCUGAGGGCCCAGAAAAGGACCAGUAGGGAAGUCAGUGUGUACAUUUCAAUGCUCAGCUAGUAAUUUUGAGGCACUAUAUAUUUGCAGAAGUUUGAGCAAAACAUUUUUAUUCCUGAUGUAAAUUAAGUUCUAAAACUGUAAUAUUCCAGGUCACCUAAAAUAUCAAUCUAUCAUGGGUAUUGCAACCUGUUUUUUUCUUAGGUCACCCUAAUAACCCAGUUCUCUGCUGUAGCUCAAAUACCCAACAUAAGUGACAGCUGGGAACAUUUUUUCCACACAAUCUGUUGUAUGGUGUAUGCUGCCUACCCAUUUAGUGUGCAGAUUGAAAGUACAGUUGAUUCACCAAUAGAAGGCAUUUCUCAUUUCUAAACAAUGUUCCUACCUGUUCGAAAUUACGUACUUGCCUAAAACACUGUGAAAGUUACCAAAAUUUGUACAAAUGCAGCAUCUUGAUUCUGAGAAGAAAAGGUGACUUUCUCUACAUGAACAUAUGAACAAAAGAGAUGCUGUACCCACACCUACCAAGGCAUCUAAGAGUGCACUGUGACAGGUUCCUGCUGCCCAGGACCUACGGGAGGCCCUCUGACAGGCUGAUGACUUGCAGGCAGCGGAUCCAGCCAAAGCCUACUAGGCUCUCUUUUGGAAGGGGAAAACAAUUCCAAGUUAACAAUGUCCAACCUUAUUGUAGUUGAUGAGUUAGUAAUUUCCAAAAAUGACUUUUUAUGUAUGACAUAAAAAUCUUUGUAAAAUGCCCAAGUGCAAUAAUUUAAAGAGAUCUUAACUUUGCAUUUAUAAAUUAUAAAUAUUGUACAUGUGUGUAAUUUUUUCAUGUAUUCAUUUUCAGUCUUUGUAUUUAAAAAAAAUCUUUACUGUUAUGUUUGUAUAAUAGAACAAUAAUCAUUUACUAUAACCUAGACAAGGUGUAAAUAAAUUCCUAAUUCGAACAGCCAGUGUAUAUGCAUAUGUGGGUGUUACAUGGCAAAAUCUAGCUUUGUUUUACUUACAUGCUUAGAGCUGCAAGAAAUCUUUUGUCGAUAUGUAAUUAUACAUAUAAAGUAUAUAUAUGUAUGAUACAUGAAAUAUAUUUAGAAAUGUUCAUAAUUUCAAUGGACAUCCUUUGGUG